AUGUCCGAGUUAGCAGUAAAUGCUCUCGAGCAACUUCCAUCAGAAAUAUUCGUUGAAAUCUUUCGUUUCAUCGAUAGUUAUCAUCUGCAUAAGGCGUUUUAUGGUCUUAAUCGUCGUUUUUCGUCUUUGGUGCGAGCUUACGGCAUGCGAUAUUUGGAUUUAGCCGAAUUAGACAUGAAACAAUGUCGAACGAUGCUUUCCGAUACCGAUUGUUCCGAGGUGAGAACAUUGAAAUUAUCGAAUAAGUACACCACGGAUCAAAUCGAUCAGAUUCUAUGCAAAGACUCUUAUCCAUUGAUUAAAUUCCAAUCGUUGUAUUCAUUAUCACUUGAGUCAAUUGGUUUGUUCACUCUUCAUUCGAUUAUUGAUGAUAUGAUUUAUUUAAAUCAUCUUCAAGUGUUAAUCAUACAUUUUCGUUCGAAUUUAUGUGAAGAAAAACUUAUCGAUACCUAUCGAUGGCUUCUCAAUCGUUAUUCUUUACAGAUGAAAUCGCUGAAAGUUUUAUAUCUCUAUACAUCAGAGAGUAGCACGUCAGUUCUCGAAAAUCAAUACAUUUCGACAGUAAAAUCGUCUUCGAUAAAUCCAAAUACAUCUCUGAAAUAUUUAGUUUUAAAUCAGAUACCAAUCCAAGAUAUUGAAUCUAUUCUAAUCCGUUUUCCUAAUCUUUCUCAAUUAGGUGCGCUUGUUCGAUUGGAUCCCAACAUAGCUGAUUAUCCUUCAGCGUCGAGUUUGAAAUGUUGUUAUCUCUAUAUAUUCGAUUCGGACUUCUUUUCCGUUGUUAACUUAUUCCGACAAUGUCCAAAUUUAGAACAAUUAACGAUCGAUUUUGAUCUUAUUGAUGUCGAUGCAUUGGAUGGCGAGGAAUGGCAAAAUCUACUUGAGAGUUACUUGCCAAAGUUAAAACAAUUUAAAUUAUAUAUGAGUCUGGUUUCGGGAACAUUGAAUGAAAUUGAAGAACUGAUUCAAGUAACUUUUUCUCAAAAUAAAUUUUGGAUAGAGAAAAAAGCGUUGAUUGACGUAAAAAAACCCAACACAUCUGCUGGUGUAGAAAUGGAAAUUGGUGUUACAAUUGAAUUCUUGAUAUAA